AUGCCGCAGGCUCGACCACUCCAUUUGAGGCCCGGAGCCUACGAUGACCCGCCAAGCACUGAAGCCUCCACGCCUCGCUCACGUCGCGAACAGCUCGAGCGAGCGUUGCAGUUGACCAGUGAACUUAGCCGGCGAGAGAUGAGUGAGGGUCGCAAUGCAACAAGACAUCGCACCCUGCUGAGUCCGGUGGGCCGCCGUAGACGCAGAUCGCCAAGCACUUCGGAGGAAGCCAAUAUGGCUUCGGAGACACAGGAGGAGAUUACAGGCCUUCCUAGAACACGACGGUCGAAGCGUAGGAGGCUAGAUACAGAACCUCUACCUGCCCCACGCAUCCCCAUUAAGUACGGUCACUACGGUCAGGUGGAGCCGGGAAGGCUCAGAUUGGAGCUGGUGAGCUACGAUGGAGGCGAGCACUCAGAUUCACGCAAUCCAGGGUUGUAUUUGGGCGCGAAGAACGUCUUACACCAUAAUAAGAGCGUAUACUGCUCCGAGCGACCGAGCAGUAGUAUCGUGCUGGGCCAUGCCGACCACACACCCUUCUGCCUUGAGAAGCUGCACGUCGUCGGGCCUGAACACGGCUUUACUGCUCCUGUCCGCGAAGGCCUGGUCUACAUCGCUAUGAACCUCUCCGACCUGCAUAAAUACCUCGACCCGCCACCCCACGCCCGUCGUCAAGGUAUCCACAGCCCACCCUAUUAUAACCGCCGGCAGCCUAGCAACAUCCGCUCCGCACCUGAAGAGCGUCUCAGCCUCUCUGACGCUUUGCGAGACCCGGAGAUCAACGCCGCCUUAUCCCAACCACAACGCGAGCAAGACUACGCCCGUGCAGCAGAUGCCGCUCAUGACUUAGCCUACACAGGCACAGCCACCCACGCAGACUACUACGGCUCCGACUUUGGUUUCGGUCGUACUGACCCGGAAGCGCACUGCGAAAUUCCUGCCCUCGUCUCCACGAACAGCCUAGACUCUCCGGCCCACUCCGAGACCGAGCAUGCCCCAGUCACGGUUCUAAGCAGUGACGAAGACGCCGACGUCGGUCCCGAAGAAGCCUCGAGCCAGGAGGUUAUCGACUUCCGCCUUCAACGCCUCCGCCAAAUGCGGCGGCGGUAUGAGGUUGAGGCUUACGAUCGUGACGAACGGUGGUCGGGACUCAACGGCCUACAUUUCGCCAACGAUUCGUCCAUUGUAAGCAGUGUGCCAAGAUCCAUGUACCCUCCUUUCAACCCCAGCCGUAACGACGCGAGAACGCGACAAUUGGUGGAGGAGGCCGUCGAGGCAGCUCCUCUACCACCACCAAUGGCUAGCAGUGCCGAAGCUACUAAUGCGGUUCAUGAGGCGAACGACGAUCCUAAUGUUACAUGCGCACGGUUUCGGAUUCGAGGGGGUAAGCAUAAGGUUGCCAUCAAGUUCGAGCCGGCAAUUAGUGGGCGCUUCAUCUUGCUGAAGCUGUGGGCGGGCAAGACAAAUGUGGACGUGCAGAGUUUGAUUGCGAAGGGGUACGGAGGGUGUCGGUUCUUUCCUGCUACAGAGUUGGCCUGA